AUGGCCAGCCCCGCGCCCUUAGUGGCCUCCAUCAGCCACCAAAUGUUGGCUUUGCAGACCCUGCAGCUCCUGCAGCAGGAGUGGGGCUGGGGGGACGGACCGGGCGCCCGUGGAAAUUCGCGCGACCCGGACCACGUGUCUGCCACUCCAGCGCAUCGCUCAGGCCUGCGGCGGGCCCGGGCGGGGCUGGGGCGGGAGGAGGGCAGCGGAGGCCGGGGGUUGAGGAAUGGGGAGCUCUGGGGGCAGGCGAGCUCCCCGGAGGUAGAAGUAGUGCCAGGCGCCGAGGGGGGUGCGGAGCUGCUGCCCUGCCCCCAGGGCCGGCCAUGCACCCUGGCCCGGAUGGCAAUGCGCAGUGCACUGGCCCGUGUGGUGGACUCGACCUCAGAGCUGGUCAGUGUGGAGCAGACGUUGCUGAGUCCCCUGCUGCAGGAGCGAUCCUUCCCCAUCCACCUGAAGGACAGUGUUGAGUUCAGAAACAUCUGCAGUCAUCUGGCUCUACAGAUCGAAGGACAGCAGUUUGACAGAGAUUUGAAUGCUGCUCACCAGUGUUUGAAGACGAUAGUUAAGAAGUUGAUUCAGUCACUUGCUAACCUUCCUUCUGAUGCUCAUGUGGUAGCCUGUGCUUCGUUGAGACAGAUCUUACAGAAUCUCCCAGACAUAUGA